CUGCACCAUGAUUCGAGCUCUUCUUCUCCUGUUUAUCUGUGUGGCUGCUGUCUAUUGUGUCUAUCCUGGUGGAUACAUUCCCCGGAGGGGUCGAAUUAAUAGUGCAAACAAAGGAGGUGGAGGGAUUCAAUGGGCCAGCCACCAGCAAGGAGAGUUCGGAGGAAGAAUCACAGGUAGAAGACCCGGAUGGAAUAGCAACAAUGACAACGGAUUUAACAACGAUAACGGAUUUAACGGACAUAAUGGAUUCAACAAUGAUAAUGGAAUUAACGGACAUAAUGGAGGAAUAAAUGGAGCUGACAACGGACAGAAUGGAGGAUCUGGAUGUGGACCAUACGGAUGUGGAGGAGACAGAUACAACGGAUUUAAUGGACGGAAAUAGAUCAAUAAUGAUGCCGACGUUGUCCUGGAUUAGAGAGAAGAUAUAUUUAAAAGGAAGGUUUAUUCAUG